AUGGUCAAGCCUUUCUUCGCGCACCUGUCCCUAGGCAGUUGGCUGUUGCUUGCAUCGCUUUCCAACCAUGCCAGUGUUGUCAACGCUCAGGACAUCACCGGCGGCUGCCCUACCGCCGCAUCCACAUACACGACCAGCAACAACGUCGCCUUCAGCGUCUGUCCGCAGACCGACUACCAUGUCGACAAUCUGCAAAGUGUAGCUCAACCCGACCGCAACGCGUGCAUCGAAUGGUGCAGCAACACGCCCGGAUGCAUUUACGGUGUUUGGGACCCGGCGGUUAGGAUGUGCAACUCAAAGGGAUCGCCGUACACACCUACCUGGCAACAGAACCGCAAUUACGACUCGUUUGUCAUGACCGAUGCUGGUCUCAAGGCGCCAGCUACACUCGUCAAAAAUGGACAGUGGAGCAGCGUCAUUCCACUCAACGUCAACCCGGUUGCUGUCUACUUGGUUCCGCAGUACCCGCGUGUGACCAAGUUCCUCGCCUUUUCCUCGUGGAGUCCCGUGACCUUUGGAGGUGCGCCGCAGUACCAGACAGCUUUUGUCAGCUACGACAUCUCGUCCAACAGUCAAAGUGCAUUCACUGUAGCCAACACGAUGCACGACAUGUUCUGUCCUGGUAUGAACGCGCUCUCGGAUGGAAGGCUGCUCAUCGACGGUGGUAACACGGACUCAGCCGUCACCAUCUACGACCCCUUUACCAACACCUUUAGCCGUGGCGCCAACAUGACAAUGGGUCGUGGCUACCAGACCUCGGUCACGCUGUCCGACGGACGCAGCUUCACCAUCGGCGGUUCGUACACCGGCGGAACCGGUGGCCAAAACGGUGUGCCUUUGAAGGACGGAGAGGUGUACGAUGCCUCGACCAACCGAUGGACCGCUUUGCCUGAUGCAAAAGUGCAACCAAUGCUGACCACGUACGAUAAUGCAGGUGCUUGGCGUACCGACAACCACGCUUGGCUGUUUGCUUGGAGCGGCGGAUCGGUGCUGCAGGCAGGACCCAGCAAGCAGAUGAACUGGUACCGAACUUCGGGCACCGGAAGCGUGACGUCCGCUGGAAUACGCAACAGCAACAACGACCAGAUGUGCGCGGUCAACGUCAUGUACGACAAUGGCAAGAUCUUUGCCGCCGGCGGUUCGCAGAGCUACAGCGACUCGGACGGCUUGAAGGUUGCCCACCGAAUCACGAUCAACGGCGUCAACCGUGCGCCGAGCGUGCAGCAGCUCCCCAACAUGAACUACGCACGCGCGUACGCCAAUACUGUAGUGCUACCCAACGGCCAGGUCUUUAUCGCAGGCGGUCAGACUUGGGCCAAAGGCUUCAGCGAUCGCAACAGCGUGUUGCAGGCCGAGAUCUGGGAUCCCAAGACCAACGCCUUCACCCUCGUAGCAGCGUCUUCGGUGCCGCGCAACUACCACUCGACGACGCUCCUGAUGCCUGAUGGACGUGUAAUGAGCGGUGGCGGGGGUCUCUGUUACGUCAACGGUGGCUGCGACGAUGCCAACCACGCCGACAUGCAGUUCUACACACCGCCCUACCUGUUUGACUCCAACGGAAACGCUGCAGCUCGUCCUAGGGUGACCACACUUCGAUCAAGCCAGCAAAACGGCAGUAAGAUCCGAGUGGCCCCCGGUGGAACACUCACGGUGACGUUGGACAGUGUCUCGGCACUCACCCACGUCCUGGUCCGCUUGGGCUCGUCGACGCACUCGAUCGAUUCUGAUCAACGUCGUAUUCCGCUGACCGUGGUGAGGACGUCGGGAAGCACCGUGACGUUGCGCGUUCCGAGCGACAACGGAAUCGUUCCCCCCGGGUUUUGGUACUACUUUGCUGUCGCCCCGAGUGGAUCGCACAGCAUGGGCCUGACCGUCAACGUUCUCAAAGCCUGA